UCGGGCAGGGAAUGACAGUCUGUUCUCUAAAUCUCACAGGAAUGACAGCUACUGCGAAAACAAAUUAGUAACUGAUCGUGAAUUUUGUUUCUACUUUUUCCCACGCGGUGUAGAUGAGUGCCUAUCCAUUAUUUGCACGGUUUCAUUUUGUUUGAGAAUUAAUCAUGACUGGGGUGUUUGACAGUCUCAGCACAGAUAUGCACUCCAACCAGAUUACCUCGAGCGGUUACCACAGCUUGCACAAGUCACAGGAAUCCCCGACUUUACCCGUCUCUACCGCCACGGACAGUAGCUACUACAACGGCCAGCAGCCGGGUCACUGUGCAGGGUCGCCUUAUGGCCAGCUCGGUACUUAUCCGUACCACAACAACGGCAUGAGCAGCGUCCAGUACAACGCCAAGUCUUAUGAGUUGGGCUUCAACAGUUCCUUCAGUGCGUACACCACAUACGGCUCUAGCGCAUCGCCUACUCCUACUGACGCAGAAAAAGAGGAGAACGAACCUGAAAUUCGUAUGGUGAACGGAAAGCCAAAGAAGGUGCGCAAGCCGAGAACGAUUUACUCGAGUUUCCAGCUCGCCGCGCUGCAGAGGCGCUUCCAGAAGACGCAGUAUCUGGCGCUGCCGGAGAGAGCUGAGCUCGCCGCUUCUCUGGGCCUCACACAAACCCAGGUGAAAAUAUGGUUUCAAAACCGCCGCUCAAAGUUCAAAAAGUUGUGGAAGAAUGGUGAAAUCCCGCCCGAGCAACACGUGGCGUCCAGCGAGUCUCCGCCGUGCCAUUCGCCUCCUGUUAACAGCGCCUGGGACUUUCCACCAAAUCAGAGGAUGAACAGUGUGAGCUCGGCUUUAGCCCCGAGCAGCGGCUCUCCCAGCACCACGGCGCCUUCCUUCCUCACCAACUACUCCUGGUACUCAUCCACGAACUCAGGCGCGCACCUCCAAGCAAACGCGCUGGCACCGCACCAUCACAACACAGCCGUCAGCGCUGGGACGAUAUUUUGACAACAACGAAAAUGACUUUUAAAAAAGACUGGAGAAUUAAUUUUGCGGGGAAAUAGACAAAGAGAAGAAAAACGAGAGCUUGGGGUGACUUAUAGGCCUCGUUUUCUGAGAACUGCCGCGACUGAUUAUAUUGGACAGAGAUGUAAGCCUGCCAUGUUCCUUGCUGCGUGUAAUACUGUUUUUCUUUCAGUUUUUUCAUUAUACACAAUUUCGUCAUCAGGCAGAUGCGGAAGAAUAAAAGACAAUGCAAUUAUUUUUGUAUUUAUUUAUUUUGGAGGCGGAAAAUGAAAGGAUAACAUAAUGCAUUGUUAAUGAACCACUAAGAUCCAAAGCUAUGCUCUAAAAGGCUAUUCAGGCCGGAGUGAACUUUAUAGCAGGAUGUGUUGACGUCAGAUUAUGUAGCACAAUUUCAAGCUGUAUCGUGCCUUCAGAAAAUGACCUCACUUUGGUUUGUCCACCAUGAUGUAUUUUAAAUGUGCCCAUCGUUGUCUCAGAUUUUUUUAUAUUUGCUCUCUAAGUUGUACAUAAGGUUAGUAGGAGAAACUCUCUCUGUACUUGUAUGUUUCACCGCGUCCUUCUGAGAUGUUGCCAUCAUUAUAGGCUUGUAGGUAUAAGGUAGGGUUUUCGUUUUUGUUGGAUAUAUUAAUGAAAAACGUUAUCGUUAAAAACUCAGAAGCUACUGAUUUUCCCCCACUCAAAAUUCACAUGUAACACGUUUCUCGGAAAUAGCCUACUUUUGUUUAAUUUAUUUUUAUGUCUUAUCCUGAAUGAACAGUUCUGCCAUUCAAUGAAAUUCGUAUUUAAAUAAAAAUGUUUCAUGUGAA